AUGUCGCUGGAUUCAUGCUAUAGCCGGGAAUCCAACUACGAUGAGCAAUCGAUUGAUUCCGAUGUUUCCGACGAAAAUUGGGUUCGCUGUGACUAUGAUUUUCACAAAUUUGUUCAAAUUUUUACUGAGAGCUCGAUCUUCAACGGUUUUAUCAUGACAACCAUCAUGCUCAAUGCGAUGUUCAUGGCGUUCGAAACUGACAUCGACAUCAAAGCGAAUGCAACCCUCCUGUUUAUCAUCGCGGACGACAUUUUCCUCGGUAUCUACACGGUUGAAUUUAUUCUAAAAAUCUACGCAGAACCAGUCCGUUAUUUUUACAGUAGCUACAAUAUUUUUGACUUCAUUGUCUUGAUCAUUUCGUAUUUUCCUGCUAUAUUUUCGGGGGCCGGCGGUGGAGACAGUGGGGUAGACUUUAUCCGUGUCUUGCGCGCGCUGCGUGCGUUGCGUACGCUACGCACCGUGUCUUUUAUUCGUGGUCUACAGGUUUUAGUGACGGCUUUGCUCGAUACAAUCAGGAAGUCGGUACUCAACGUGGUGCUACUGCUUCUGUUGUUGAUGUUUCUCUUUGGCAUUGUGGGAUACUAUUUCUUCGGUUCAAGCGACAAAGAGCACUGGGGAGGUCUAGGGCCAGCAAUGUUGACUCUAUUUGCCUACGUCACGGUCGAUGGAUGGACUGAUCUACAGCAAAGCUUGGAUGACAAAGGGUUGACCGGAAGUAGAUUUUACACUAUCUCAUUCAUAUUUCUGGGCCACUUCAUUUUUACAAAUAUUUUUAUUAGUGCGAUUAUUAUGAAUAUUCAUGACGCGACGGAAGACGAUCGAGAGGAGCAGAUACGGGAACGAGUGAUGAUUGUACACAAGAAGAAGGAAUACAUGAUUAAAAAACAACAUGAUGACGUCAAACAAAUGCUGGAAAAACAGCAAGGAAGUCGGUUCUCCAACUUCCACGAAAUGAUGGAAGAAUUUCAGAGAACACUGCGCCAUGACGAUUACGUUAUCAUGGUUGACCUGGCAACCAAUCUCACGUGGUUGGAAACGUUUAUUACGUCACUUGACCACCAAGACAACACAAUAUAUAGGCUCCAACAGUUGAAUUUUGAAGUUUCCAAACUACUGGCAAUGGAUUUCGAAUUGAAACUCCGUGAAAGAUACGGAACGAGUUAA